UGCUGUACGUCCCACCAGGCAGCCACCCAACGAUCUUUAGUCAUUAGAGUCUCUAAUACACAUCUGCUCCCUGCCUGGCCAAACAGAGCGCUAAUCUUUCUGAACUAUGCAUCGCAUUCACAGUUGUUUCCAUCUUCGCCUUCCUCCUGGUUUUUUCUUCUCUCUUCUACUGGACAGACCCUGAGACUAGUUUAUUCUUCUCUCUGCUACUGGACAGACUCUGAGACUGGGCUUUCCUUUUUCACGCUUUGAGGGACUGAUGAAGCAGACUUCCAAUGGGAACAGCGCCUGAUUAAACCAGGACCAGGGAACACUACAGUUACUGGUACGCUGUACAGUACCUCUGGAACAGAACAGGUGGGGGGAGGAACCCAGAAGAACGUGCUCAUCGCUGUGGAUGGUUCCAGAACCUCGUUAAAACCCAGAGAAGGAUGUGACUUGGCAGCCUGUCAGAGGGAGUUGUUCUCAUCGAAAGGUUUACUUUUGGACUAUGUGUGUGAGUGUGUGUGUGUGUGUGAGUGUGUGCGUGUGUGUGUGAGUGUGUGUGCCACAGAGGGCCUUCUGCUGUACAUGUGUGUAUACAGGCUGACCUACUCCAGCUGUGGAGCCUCUGUGUGAGCAUAAGCUUGCGUUUUGGCCAACCUUCUUAGAAAUAGCAAAGAGAGAGAGAGAGACUGAGUGCUUGCAUGUUUGUGUGUGAGUAUGUGAGUGUUGAGUGGUUUCUGAGAUGUGCUCUGAAAGCAAGAGCGGAAGAUGCCGGCCAUUCUGGUCGCCUCUAAGAUGAAGUCGGGACUGCCAAAACCGGUGCACAGCGCCCUGCCCAUUCCUCAGCUACAAAACAAUGCCAGGUCCAGGACCUCCAUCACUCACAGGGCCAACCACCUCAGACACAGCCCCCUGAAAGCCCCUCACCGGCAGGGAGAGCGCCGGGGAGAGGACGAGGAGGAGGAAAUGACCACCCCCACCAAAAGGCUCUCAACCACAGGGAGUGACGACCAAGAGGACCCUCAGAUUUACACGGACUGGGCCAACCAUUAUCUGGUGAAGUCGGGCCGUCAGCGACUGAUCAAGGACUUGCAGCAGGAUGUUACAGAUGGAGUGCUGCUGGCUGAGAUCAUACAGGUUGUGGCGAAUGAGAAGAUAGAAGACAUCAAUGGCUACCCUAAGAGCCGGACUCAGAUGAUUGAGAACAUUGAUACCUGCCUUGGAUUCCUGGCAGCCAGAGGGGUGAACAUCCAGGGGCUCUGUGCAGAGGAGAUCCGUAAUGGGAACCUGAAGACCAUUCUGGGUCUGUUCUUCAGCUUGUCCCGCUACAAGCAGCAGCAGCAGAAGGUGUUGAAACAGAAGGCCUCUCAUCAGCCAAAGCACAGCACCCAGCCUGGACAUACUCCCCAUAGAUCACCAGCCCCCUCUCACACCCACACCCAUCAUACCCACAGCUCCACUGCACCAGAACACAAAGCAGCAUCAGAUAUGCUGUCCAGACUGCCAGGCCCCACUACGCGAGUCUCAGCCCCAGGCAGCGAGGGGAAGCAUCGUGGGGCCUCCAACAGCAACCGCCGCAGCCAGAGCUUCAACCACCAUGACAUGCCCAAGCACUCCAGCAGUGACAGAGAGAGAAGUACUACGGCCUCUCCCAUCAUGACUGAGCACGGUCUGUCUCCAGGGCCCAUCAAUGGCUGCUCUUCCUCCUCCAACCCCCAGCCCAAUGCAGGCAACUGCAGCAAGCCCUGGAGGAGUAAGUCCCUGAACACCAAGCACAGCACCACCUCCUCCAUGCUGUCCGUCAAGCAGGACCCUCCCACCAGGCAGCCUGCGGCCACACCCCUAGAGGUCCUCCCUAAAGUCAUUACCCAGAAGUCCAUGCUGGAGAAACUCAAGCUUUUCAACAGCAAAGGAGGCUCCAAGGCAGCUGGAGUCCUGACUGACAGGCCGACAGGGCAGGAGACGGAGUCACGCCCCACCAGCAGUGACCUCCUAGAGGAGGCAGAGGGGAACUCCUGGCCCCCCUGUGUCAUGGCGACCAGCCCCAAGCUUGCCCUGAAGGGCAUUGCCCAGCGCACCUUCGGCAGGGCCCUCACCCCCCGGAAGAGCUCUCUGAAGACUGGGGAGAAGGAGAAGGACAAGGCCAGGCCCAAGGAGAGGGACAAGGCCCGGGAGGGAGGCUCCAAGCGGGGAUUCAUCACAGAGCAGGAGGAGCCCAAGGAUGACACCAGGCAGGGGGGAGUAGGUUCAGACUCAGCAGAGCCCAAGAGGAACACUAAAAGUGCCAGCCUCAUCCCAAAAGGAGGCAAGGCUGGUAGUGGCAAAAAGGAGGGCUCAGCCCCAGCAGCACACAGCGGAAUACAAAAGCCAGGGUUCAAGGCAAGGAAGACCUCAGGGGUGCCCUCUUCUGGUCGAGAUGGAGACAGGCCCAGCAGUUUGAGGGCCGGUGGGGGUGGUGGUCACUCGGUGCACAAGUGCCAGCUGGACAGCAGAAGCUCCAGCUCCUGCUCCAGCCUGGCCUCCUCUGAAGGAAGGUCUCACCAUCAACACCACCACACCAACGGAGCGCCCCCAGUGGCCACCACAGCCAGCAACACCAUCAGUGUCCAGCUACCUCAUCCUCUGCAGCAAUACAACCACCCCAACACUGCCACUGUUGCACCAUUCAUGUACAGGUCUCAGCCUGAUGUGACUGGAGCAGACAUGAUGAUGGAGGCAGCGGGGUCACUGGAGGGUCACAGAGAGACUGCAGCCUACAGCAAGUCAGCAGACAACUCCCAGGAGGACCUCACAGGUGAAGACCCCGAGGCCAGGCGGUUGCGGACGGUGAAGGACAUUGCAGAUCUGAGGCAGAACCUGGAGGAGACCAUGUCCAGCCUGAGGGGAACACAGAUUGGCCACGGCACCCUAGAGAGCACCUUCGACAGCAGUGUCACCACCGAGAUCAGCGGGAGAGGCAUGCUCAACCUUUCCCCCCGCCCCAACCCAGCGCUGCCCUGGCGACUGUGCCCCUCCAGCCCACGUCUGCAGGCAGGCGACGCCCCCUCGGUGGGGAAUGGGUACGCAGUGGUGAUGCGGGGCAGCUCCAGUGGCAUGGUGAGCCCAGAGGACGGGCGCUACCUCCGCAGCAGGCAGACACCAGGACAGGAGAGUAACACUAUGUGUGACCUGUCAGACAAGAUGGAAGAGCUGGAGGGCGUUACCAUAGAGACCACAGGGUACAUGAGCGAUGGGGACGUGCUAGGGAAGAACAUCCACAUGGACAAAGUCACCAGUGGCUACAUGACGGACGGUGGGGUGGGCGUGUACACACGCCGCCUCAACCGCCUGCCGGAUGGCAUGGCUGUGGUCCGAGAGACACUCCAUCGUAACAGUUCCAAGGGCCAAGGGGACGCCACCGACAGUUGGGACGACAGCAGCUCGGUGAGCAGUGGGAUCAGUGACACUAUCGACACAGAUGACAUCAACACCAGUUCCUCAGUCAGCUCCUACGUCAACACUCCGUCCGUCUCCUGCAAGGACAUAGAGGGACAGCUCCAGACGGACGCAGAGAAGCACUUGGCCAUCGAGCGGAACUCUGUGUGGUCCGGCAGCGACGAGGUCAAGAGGUCAGACGGUGGCUCGGACAACGGGGUCAAAAUGGAGUUUGGCUCCAAGUAUUGCCGCCAUCCCUCAGACAUGUCAGACGAGUCGGACAGGAGCUCCUCAGGCCGCAAUACUCCCUCCAUGGCCCACACAGGCUCCUGGAGGCGGGGAAUGAGCGCCCAGGUGGGUGUAACCUCGCCCAGGACCAAGGCUCCCAUCACGCCAGGUUGUGCAACGCUGAAGACCCAUGUUACAGGUAAAACGGACGACGCCAAGGUGUCUGAGAAGGGCCAACAUCAUCUCUCUCCCCGGGCCAAGUGUAGCAUGCAGCGCUCCCCAUCAGACACAGGCCGCAGCAGUGGUGACGAGGCCAAGAAGCCCCCCUCCUCCAGCUCCAGCCGCACCCCCACCACCAACACCUUUGGAUUUAAGAAGCAUGCAGGAGGAGGUAUGACCAUGGUGACAGCCAGCGGAGUGACCAUCACCAGUGGCUCCGCCACCCUGGGGAAGAUCCCCAAGUCAGUGCAGCUCCACGGGGGUCGGGGUCUUGGUCGCCAGGCCAGUGUGGAUGAUGGCUACCUACCUGUGAGCUCACACUCCACCCUGCAGUACCGCAGCCUCCCCCGGCCCAGCAGAGCCUCUGGUGGGGGACGCAGCACAAGCCGCUCGUCCAGCACCAGCAUCGACUCCAAUCUCAGCAGCAAGUCCAACAUGCUCCAUGGCCCCAAAAGCCGCAGCCAAGUCCCCAAACCCAGCGCUGGUGGCAUCCCCCUUCCUGGCUCUGGAUCCAACCAGACAGACCGGGAGAAGGGGGUGUCCUCUGAAGCCAGUCCCUCAGCCCAUGGAGCCAGGCAACCAGGGGGAAAGUACCCAGACGUCUCCUCCCCUACCAUGCGCAGACUGUUCGGAGGAAAGCAGGGCAAGCAGCAUGCCCCAGUCACCACUGCAGAGAACAUGAAGAACUCCACUGUCAUCUCCAACUCUGGCCAGCAGGGCGUCGCUCUGGACUCCCCUUCGGCCAGUAGCGGGGGCAGUAGCCCUCUGUAUGGGGGUGGAGGUCGUCUGGGUGUGGAGGCCCACUCCCUCUCCCCCCUGGCCUCCAGUCCCAGCUCGGCCCUGUCCACCCCCUCCCACAGCCUGGCCUGGAGCAGCACCCUGAGCAGGGACACUCUGAGCCCCGGCUACCCCUCCCUCAGCAGCCUUGCCACCAGCAGCGAGUCCAUCGACCUGUCUCUGGGCAGCGGAGGCCACGGACACCACGGCCCUGGUCACGACACACUGCCAGCCUGCAUCAGGAACAACGGCAUCAAAACUGGCUUCUCAGACAGCCUUAGCCCUCUCUCCUCUCCCUCGGGUAGUCCCAGCCGAAACACUUUACCCCGGAAACAGGACAGGUACGGCCACCUGCCCCAGCUACGUAGUCAUGACGACCCCCGGGAUUGGCUGCGUUCCCACUCUGCAGGAGGUCUUCAGGAGUCUGCCGCCAGCUCACCCUUCUACCCCACCUCCAGCCUCACCUCGCCCUCCGGAGCCCGCUUCAACUUCUCCCAGCUUGCAGGCAGCCCUACCACGGCGGCACAGAUCAACCUGGCAAACCUCCGCAGCGGCCUGGCCAAUCAGGACGGUUCGUAUGACCCAUACAGUGACCCCCGUCUGAGGAACUCGUCCAUGUCUCUAGAGGAGAAGAGUCGCACCAUGACCAGUUCUGGGUCCUUCAGAGAAGGCCUGGAGGAGGUCCACGCCUCCUCUGUGUCUCUGGUGUCCAGCACUUCCUCUGUCUAUUCCACGCCUGAGGAGAAAGCUCAGUCAGAGAUUCGUAAGCUGCGGAGAGAAUUGGACGCCUCCCAAGAGAAGGUGUCUGCUCUGACCACUCAAAUGAGUGCUAAUGCUCACCUGGUAGCAGCAUUUGAGCAGAGCUUGGGGAACAUGACCAUCCGACUCCAGGGACUUACCACCACGGCUGAGCAGAAGGAUUCUGAGCUAAACGAGCUGAGGAAGACCAUAGAACACCUGAAGAAGCAGAAUACCGCAACCCAGGCAGCCAUCAACAGUGACAUCAAUCUCCCAGAGCCCUCCUGCAACGGCGAUAGGUCAGCUUCAGCCAAUGAGAGCUCCCAGUCUCAGCCGGACCUGCUUAUCCACAGACAGCACUCAUCUGACAGUGUGUCCAGCAUCACAAGCGCCACCAGCCACUCCAGUGUGGGCAGCAACCAGGAGCUGGACUCCAAGAAGAAGAAGAAGAACUGGCUGCGGAGCUCCUUCAAGCAGGCAUUUGGGAAGAAGAAGUCGCCCAAAUCUGCGUCCUCCCACUCGGACAUUGAGGAGAUGACCGACUGUUCCCUGCCCUCCUCCCCCAAGCUAACAGCAUAUAACUGCUCCACCACUACUACACCCAUGCUCCAGAACUCCCACUCCAACUCUUUGAUCUCAGAGUACACAGACAGCGAGGCGGAGAAGGUGAUGGGGCUCCGCAGUGAGCUCCGAGACAAGGAGAUGAAGCUGACUGACAUACGCCUGGAGGCCCUCAGCUCCGCCCACCAGCUGGACCAGCUCAGGGAGUCCAUGAACCGCAUGCAGGGUGAGAUGGAGAGGCUGAAGACCGAGAAUCACUGCUUGAAGAUGGAGAGUCAGGGCAGCUGCAGCAGAGCAGCCUCACAGGCCUCAGUGGCCUCACCCUCAGCCGGCCAGUCAAAGCACGGCCUCGCCCUAACAGAGUCCACCAGCCUCGACAUGCUGUUGGAGGACAACGGGGACGGUAGCUCACGGAAAGAAGGACAACACGUCAAGGUGGUCGUAACUCUGGAUGAGGACACCAAGUGGAAAGAGGACCGUAGACCUCGUCAGUUCCUGAUUGGUUGCAUUGGUGUCAGUGGGAAAACUAAGUGGGAUGUGCUUGAUGGGGUGGUCAGACGUCUCUUCAAGGAGUACAUCAUCCAUGUGGACCCAGUCAGCCAGCUGGGUCUAAACUCAGACAGUGUCCUGGGCUAUAGCAUCGGGGACAUCCAUCGCACCAGUGGGGCUGAUACCCCUGAACUCCUGCCCUGUGGAUACCUUGUUGGAGAUAGUGACACCAUCUCUGUCUCCCUCAAAGGUGUGUGUGAUGAGCAUAGCCUGGACAGCCUGGUAUUCGAGACACUGAUUCCCAAGCCCCUGCUGCAGCGCUACGUGUCCCAGCUGCAUGACCACGGCAGGAUCAUCCUGUCUGGCCCCAGCGGCACUGGGAAGAGCUUCCUGGCCAGCCGGUUGGCCGAACACAUGGUGCUGAGGGAGGGGAGAGAGGUCACCGAUGGGACCAUUGCCACGUUCAACGUAGACCACAAGUCAAGCAAGGAGCUGUGUCAGUACCUGUCUAACCUGGCUGACCAGUGUAAUAGUACGAGUCAUGGGGUGAACAUGCCCCUGGUGGUCAUACUGGACAACCUGCACCGCAGCAGCUCCCUGGGAGAGGUCUUCAAUGGCCUGCUCAGCUGCAAGCACCACCACUGUCCUUAUAUCAUUGGAACAAUGAAUCAGGCUACAUCGACCACUCCCAACCUCCAGCUUCAUCAUAACUUCAAGUGGGUGCUGUGUGCCAACCAUACUGAACCAGUGAAGGGCUUCCUGGGUCGGUUCCUGAGGAGGAGGCUGAUGGAGACAGAGAUCAGCAGCCGACAGCGCAAUGCAGAGCUGGUGAGGAUCAUCGAGUGGAUCCCUACUGUCUGGCAUCACCUCAACCGCUUCCUGGAGUCCCACAGCUCCUCGGACGUCACCAUCGGGCCCCGCCUCUUCCUGUCCUGCCCCAUGGAUGUGGAGGGAUCCAGAGUGUGGUUCACAGAUCUGUGGAACUAUUCCAUCAUUCCCUACAUGCUGGAGGCUAUCCGAGAGGGGCUACAGCUGUAUGGGAGGAGAGCUCCAUGGGAGGACCCAGCACAGUGGGUGAUGGAGAGCUAUCCCUGGGCAGCCAGCCCCCUGCAGCACGAAUGGACCCAGCUGCUGAAGCUCCGGCCAGUGGACGUGGGAUUCGAUGGAUACUCCAUCUCCAAAGACGGCUGUCCCAGCAAGCAGCUUCCCCAGGGAGACACUAACGAAGACCCCCUGAUGAACAUGCUGAUGAAGCUAAAGGAAGCGGCCCACUGCUCCGCCAGCACUCAGAGCUACGACAGCGACUCCAACAGCAACCAGGAUCACCAUGACAACACCGUGCUGGACUUAUCACUGGAGUCCACACUAUGAGACUCACUGGGUCAGAUAAUACUCACUGUGGCUGGGACACAUCCUAACUUGAGAUACCUUUGUGUUAAUCAUCCAUUGACAUCAAUGGGAGACUGAUAUGAGGUUAUGUAUUUGAAGUUAGAAUUUGGACCUCUGUGAUUUCAUAUCUUUAGGCAGACAUAUUACAUAAUAGUUGGAACUCACUACUUUCCAAAAAGGGUUCUUCAAAGGGUUCUCCUAUGGGGACAACCGAAGAACACUUUUAGGUUCUAGAUGGCACCUUUUUUUCCUAAGAGUGUAGGCCUUACAGGGCUAUCAAAUUCCGGUCCUGAAGGGAUGAAAUACUUCUGUUUUUUUAUCCUUUCCUUCUAAUUCAGAUCUGGAAACCACUUGAAUACAAUUAACUACCAGGUAGAAACAAAAAAUAAAUAAAUGUUUUGCCCCUCCAGGACUGGAAUUUAAUAGCCUUGGGCCAUACUGGGUGCUGGUAACCCAAGAUGAAAAUCCCAGUCAAAGUUCAAUAACCUGAAUAAUUUCAACUCAGUACUCUACUAUUUCCAGUGUUUAUUAUGAGUCUGUUUACAAUCACAGGCAAAGACAGUCAACUAUAUAAAUAAAUGACAGAGCUUAUGAGACGUCAAACCGGUUGCCUUGACUGUGACCUAACCUAGGCUAUAGCUUAUGUGGUUCAAACUGAGUAGCAAUAACUGGAUAUACAUUCACUCAGCUGCAUAGAGCUUGACCUGUGUGCAUUUUCUUAGUGAAGAGGCACACACCAUGGUGGACAUAUUUUUUAUGCUUAACUUUCAAAUGAUGCCUUGCUACUUUUCUAACAACGGUAGCAUGCCUUUAAUGAACAUGAUUUCUAUAGUCUGUGCAGAGUUUAGGUGCUGGCUGCUAGCUUGUUCAGACUUUGAUGAAAACACAUCCUUUCUGUGCACCUAGCGGGUGGAAAAUAGGUCUAGGCUUUUGUUAGGGAUUUUUUUUAAAUCAGUGAUACAUAUAGGAUUUUGGUGCUCUGCUUGGGAAAAUGUGAACUUAUUGACAGAAAAUGUUUUUUAUAUAUUACCUCAUGAGCGUUUCAAACAGUAUCCCAACAGUGCUUGUUUGUCUUUUGUUCAGCUCAAAACGGAGCGCAAUCCCUGCAUGAAAUGUUUCAACCCAGUGUUUCUCUUAUAGAGGCACUUUGGACAUGUAGACCCACAUCUGAAAGGUCCCAGUCUAGAAAAGGAUCAGAGCGACUGCAUGGCUUUGAGACAGAGGCUGGCGUGUCUAGUCGUUCACUCUGGAGAAUUAGCGCCAGGGCCAUUUGCAUCAAGUGUUAAUGGGAUCCUCAGUGUUGCUGUAUUGGAGUGACUAGGAUUUAUUCCCUCAUAAAAUUGAGUUUUUUCAGAGUGGCUACAAGGUAGCACUUUUGUUGCUCCCCCUCACAAGGUCCCCAUUAUCUGCCAGUGUUGUUGCUGUUCAUCCUCUGAGUGUUCUUGGAAACAAAUGCUAUGCAAAUUUCAUUUGGGAUUUUAGACUAAAGCCAAAACAAAAAUUCACUUCCAUUUUUACGUAUUGUCAAGAGUUGUAUUGUAAGUUCAUUGAUCUGUGAAUAUUUUUGUGAGGUUUGUAUUUUCACUACCAUAUCUUUCUGAAUUGUAAAGGGUGAUGCAAGCACAAAUAGAAAAUGUUUGUUUUUAUUUUAUUUUUCCCACAAAGUUUGGAUGUUGGAAUGUUGUGAAAAAGGUGUGCUAUUGGAUCUAGUUUUUAAUAAUUAUUUGAUAUGUACAUUUUGCUUAUGUACAUUUUUUUAUGUAAAGAUGUAAAUAUUUUAUAUGAAUACCACGUUUUGAAACCAUUUUCUAGAAAUCUUGUACAGAAAUAGAGAGUAGUAAUUUGUGUACAGUUUGGUUUACUCUAUAGAUUGUAUGUUGUCAAUAAUAGAUGUGAAAUAUCAUAAAACUGUGAGAAUAAAUCUGGUCACGAUA